CUAGCUAGAUAAGCUUGGAGGAGCUAGCCGCCGGCAGUCGCUCAACCAGCUAGAGAGAUAUUAGGGUAUGUGUGAUGGCGUCAGUAGUAAUGAUAGUAGUAGUGCUCCUAUUUUUGCUGGCUGCCGGAGCAGCAGCGGCGGCUGACCCGAUGAGUCCGACUCCGAGGAUCGGGAUGCCCGGCUGUGAGACGUCGUGCGGCGACGCGGAGGUGCCGUACCCGUUCGGCAUUGGCCCGGACCCCGGCUGCUUCCUGCACCAGCCGGGGUUCAACCUCACCUGCGACCGCACCCACGACACCCCGCGCCUGCUUCUCCCCGUCUCGGGAGCAGGCGUCGGCAAAGACCUGUAUCUCCGGGUCGAGGGCAUCGACAUCGAGUCCUCCAUGAUGGUGGUAUUCCACACCGUCCACUUGAGCACCACUGGGUCCGACGACCUAAUCCUGAGGCUGAGGGGGGCCUUCAGGCUGUCCAGCCGCAACGAGCUCGUCCUAACCGGCUGCAACGUGCAGUCGACGCUGCUGGGGAAGAUGAAGGGCAACGCCACCGCCACGGUAAGCGGCUGCUUCUCAUUCUGCGGCGCCAGCGACAGCGCCGCCACCCGGUUCAGCCGGGGUUGCUCCGGUUCCGGCGGCUGCUGCCGUUCACCCAUCGCCAGGUACUACUACCAGGUUGAGGACGGACUAGCGGCGGAAGUAUGGUACGACGUGAAGCUCAGCUGGUUCGGUCGAGACGUGAGCGCGGACAAGGCGCGAGCCCCCGCCCAUGCGUUCGUCGCCUUGGAAGGCUGGUUCGACUACUGGCUCUCCAACUCCACGAAUGCUACCACGCUGGAUGCUCCCGUUCUUCUGGACUACUACCUCAGCGGCGACUGCGCCAACAAUCCAUGCAAGAGCAACCACAGCGACUGCUCUACACCGUCAGGGGGGACAUAUAUAUGCGAGUGCAAAUCUGGGUACGAAGGUAACCCCUACGUCCCCGACGGCUGCCAAGUUUCCAAGUGCUUGGGGUGCUACGGUAAUUGCACCAUCAUCAAAGGAAAUGCCGUGUGCCAGUGCCCUCCAGGACAACACGGCAACGCUGCCAUGCCCGGUGGAUGCGGCGUCGAUCGUACCCACGCACGAAACUGUACAAGGUAUUGCGGUGACGUCCAUGUGCCAUUCCCGUUCGGCAUCCAAGGCACGGACCCUGCCAGUUGCUAUCAUCCUGGGUUCAAUCUCACCUGCGACAAAACCAAGAACCCGCCACAGCUGCUCCUGGGUGACGGCGGCCAGCUCCGCAUCGAGAAGAUCAACCUAGACAACGCCACCGUGGGAGUUGUUGUAACACCCCUGUCCAGAUCGAGAGGAUCGGAGUAGGCCUGGAGAGGGGAUCAGCGAGGUAGGUGGGAUACUUGGAGAAGAGGGUGAGGAACGAGAGAAAGAGGAUGAGUCAAUCAGUCCAUUUCAUACAGCCUGUCGAUCUCAGGAUCGCCUUCAGGGUUAAGUACAGACACGCCUGGCCCGUGGCCAACUCACACACGCACUCCUGACCCUGUGACCCACCGGUCAGCUACCACACUUUCUCCUACACGCUAGGGCCUGCUUGACAGUCACACCGUGGCUGGUGUGACACUCUCCCUGUCUUCAGAACGUGCGUCCUCGCUCGAGUCUUGAUGGUUCCAGAUUGGAGCAGCCGGAAAGCGUCGACGGAGAACAUCGUAAUCCUCCCAUGUCGUCGCUGUUGCUGGUUUGUCCCACUGCACAUGGAGCUGAACCACGGAAGCAUUGCCUCGUUUCAUCAUCCGCCUGUCCAAGAUAGCCACAGGUGUAGUAUCCACUGUCGUCAGAUCCCCUGUGCUGGGAAGUUCAGAGAACACUGGCGAGUAGUUUGGAGUGAGUGGUUUCAGCUGGGAUAUAUGGAAGAUUGGAUGUAUGCGGCUGUCUUGGGGCAAGUCCAGCCUG